AUGGAGAUGUCGCUGUUAACAAAGAGCAAGCUAGGGUUCGUUGAUGGCACAAUUGCAAUGCCAGGAGUUGGGGAAGUCAAAUACCCCUACUGGAAGAGGUACAAUAACGUGGUAGCGACAUGGAUUAUGCGAUCUGUCUCCUCAGAAAUCACCCAGAUAGUUCUUUGGGUAGGAACGGCAGAGAGAAUAUGGAAUACACUGAAGGCAAGGUUCAGUGAGGCAGACAUUUUCAGAAUCUCCGACCUUCACGCUGAAAUACAUCAAGUAAGGCAAGGAGAUUUGACUGUAAGUGCUUACUUUGCUAAAUUUAAAGUUUUAUGGGAUGAACUUCAAGUCAUAAGACCGCUGCCUACUUGUAAAUGUGAGAAGAAGUGUGAUUGUGGAUUACUGGAAACUCUUGAGCAGCAAUUAAAAAGUGACAAUUUAUCUGUAUUUUUGAGAGGUCUCAAUGAUACGUAUACUUCUGCUCAGUCUCAAAUCAUGAUGACUAAGCCCCUUCCGACUGUUGAUGAGGCAUUUAUGAUGAUUCAACAGCAAGAAAGAAGAUUCAACAGCACAGGAGCUAAUCUGCAAAUUCAAGAAGCAGGUAGCAUUCUGUUUACCCAAGGCAGUUCAGGUCAAAAGAAAUUCUCUGCAAACAACAGCAACAAGAAGCCCAUUUGUUCAUACUUUGGCUACACUGGCCACACAAUAGAAAAAUGCUACAAGAAACAUGGCUAUCCACCAGGUUGGAUGCCAAGAAAUAGAAAUACUGGCUCUGUCAAUCAGGUGCAGCUCACAUCAAAUGAGCCCCUCAGUCAAGAAGGAACUGGAUCUAUCAUAUUAAGCCAAGAAGAGUAUAGAUUGCUCAAACAGGUUUUUCAAAGGGAUAGUAUGGCUCACAGCUUCUCACCCUUGAAUGAGGUUGGAGUGACACCACAGGCCAAUCUGAUUGCUGCCAAUUUUGUUCCCAGUUCACUGAUUGAAGAUAGUGGUGCUACCCACCAUGUUGUCUAUCACCAUAGCUUAUUGACAAAUGCUAGAAAGGUUGGGGGUAUGUUUGUUGAAUUACCAAAUGGUGAUAAAGAUUGUGGGAAGAUGAUUGGCUUGGCUAGCUUGCAGAAAGGACUGUAUCAUCUUGUAAAACCUCAAUUUCCUGCUCUUAAUAGAAUAGGGCAUAUUAGAGCUAAUGCUUGUAACUCUCGCAGUAAUUGGCAUGCUAGGUUAGGACAUUGUUCACAUGAAAAGCUGAGACAAUUGUCUGUGUUGGAUGUAAAUCUGAGAGUGAAUAAGAUUGAUAGGAAGAGUGAUGGUUCUUCUGCUGUUGGAGGAAGAGGAAGACCAUCGACUGUUGUGAGAGGGAGAGUGAGAGGAGGAGGGAGAGGAAGUGGAAGAGCGACAGACUUGUCUCAGGAAAGCUUUGUUAGAAUCUUGCGCAGAGUGAAGCUCAAUGGGACCAUGAAGGCAAAUGAAGAUUGA